AUGGCGGACGAUUUUAAAACGGUUUUUCCAAGAAAAUAUUAUAAGAAGUUUUUCGAUGAAAAUGUGCGACCGGAUAACAGAUCACUGGACGAAUGUCGUCCUCUUCAUUUGGAAGUUGGUGGAUUGGGAACAGCAGAUGGUUCAUCUUUAGUUACGAUUGGCAACACAAAAAUUAUUUGUGGUGUUGUUUCGAUGCAAUGGACGAUAACCUGCGAACUCGUCUGCCUUGAUUAUGAUGGCUGCCUGUACGAUGCCUGCUGUCUGGCUCUCAUGGCUGCUCUUGCCAAUACUAAUCUAAAAAUGUAUGCUAAAAUCGAGGAUGGCAGUGAAGAUUUAGAGGAACAAAUCAGCUACCAACCAACGAAAGAGAGCAAAAAACUUUCCCUAACCAACAAAUUCUUUGCCACAACAUUCGCUCUCUGGAACAGCAAGUUGAUAUUAUUUGAUCCGACAAAAGAGGAAGAAGACUUAUCUAGAGGCACAAUCACCAUCGUCUGCUCUGCCAAUUCAGAUGAAUAUUUCAUUCAGAAGCCAGGCGGAUGUGAGCUGACAGAUGAACAAUUAAAUUUCUGCUUGAAACAUUCAAAGAAAAGGACCGAACUUUUAUUAGACAUGUUUAAUGAAAAGCUUCACUCCACUGAUGAACAAUAA